CGUCUCCGUGUGCGUUACGUGUAAGCACUAUGGUUACACGUACCACCACAAAUGCUUAUUAUCAAUGUUAGCUUACCGUCUGAGUCACCCGAGGGAACAUUCGUGUGAAUCUCGCUGUUUGGAUUUCUGUUUUUCCGAUUAUUCCGAUAACACGUGAAUACUCGCAAAACAGGCGCAGAGCCGCCAAAAUCGAACACACGGAACUUGCAACGACUAUUUUCCACACGGAACAAAACUUAAAUAAGCAGCAUUUUAAUGAAAAAUGGAGGGAUUGUCCUCGAAGGGUGUUUUAAGUCACCUAAGUGUGCUGGCGGUUCAGACGAAGAGCCGCAGAAAUCCUCCCCAGCAGUCGACGCGUGUGAAGGAGCUGAAGGCUGAAGCUGAAGCGCUGAUGAUGCGGAGAGAGCAACUGAAGGCAGAGAUACAGACACACAAGAGUCUUCAGAGAAUGCGGCUGUCUAUGGACAAAGGAGAGGAGGAAAUGGAUGAAGACUCGGAGAACUCACAGCUACUGCAGCUGAUGGCCAAACAUUCACAACUGAAAGAUCUUCUGUAUGCCCAUCACCUGAUUGGUGGGUAUGACAUCAUCAAGACAAGCCUUGGUAAAGGAGUGUGCGUGUCUGUGACAACGGCCUACGAGGGCGUUUAUUUAGACACCUACAACCUGGAGAUAGACCUGAAGCCCGUGCUGAGGAUCACUCGUCAUAACGUUCCCCCGUUCAUUCCCCUGAACGAACUCGCUGAGCAGAACAACAUACAAACAAACAUAAAGGCUUUUCUGGACGUGCUCAGCCAGCAUCUCAACGCCCACGCUGGACGGAAGCAGCAGCUGAAGCUCGUUAAGGAGCGAUUCCCGUCCGUAGACGUGAUGGAGAGUAAUGUCUUGUGUUCUAUACUGGUGCUGAUGUUCACCGUGCCAAGGCAGAAGACUGCUGUCCUCUGCACGUUGAACUACUCUGACCACACCAGGUGUCUUCCCACCACAGUGCACAUUCAGUGUGAAGACAAAGACCUUCCUGAGUCUCCAGAGUGGAAGAAAAAACAGAGUCUGCUCAUGGAGAUGCCAGUGCACAAAGUUUUGAUGACCAUGAAAACGAUGGGGGAUAUUUUUUAAUAUAAGAAGAAAUAUUGAAACCAAUCCUUUUACAAAAUAUGUACAUACAUCACUCUCACUGUUAAUAUUACAACUGUUUUGCUUGGUUUUGUAAAUGUUGAAUAGAUAAUAAAGUUAAUGACCCUUUCAAGUUCCUCUAUGGAGUUUCCAGUAUUUCCACAUCACUUUUAUCCCUGAGACUUAUUAUAAACUCCGCCACCCUCUUGUGUAAUGUUUCCCUCUGAAGUCGUCUCACUCUGUCCAUUUCCUCGCAGGCUUUCUGCCGCUGCCUGGCCAGUUCCUUUUCUGAUAUCGAGUCAAUGGUUGCGAUAUUUCUCAUCUGCAUGAGAGACACGGAUGCCCGGAUGUUGCCUCUGUGUCUCAGUGGACCUGUGGGCUUGUCUGACGCCGGUGGUGCCGACACUGACCGAUUCUUCUGUGCCAGUUCAGCUCCCUCGUGUUGAUGCUGGGACUUGCUGGAAUAGUGUCUUCUGCCAUCAGACGUGUGAACACCCCUCACGUGUGUCUUGUGCUCUCCGAUUUCUUUCAUAGCAAUGUUAACUAUAGCUUUGGGUUCACACACUUUCACCAUCACCACUCUCCCCUGCUCACGAAUCAGUGUGUCUCGCCUCUGUUGGAGCAUUUUGAGCGUGUACCUGUAUUGUUUGUCCAGCAUGCUAAGUUUAUGCUGCAGGUCUCUGUCCUCCUUUUGGUUAAGCACUCUCAGAUCUCUGUGUGGAACAGGCCUUCUGUAGAUUUGAUCCAUUUUUAUAUCAAGACCUAAAGGGAGAAGGUCAUGAUUUGGGGUAAAUUGUUGAAUAAAUCUGUGUUUUAAAACCAGGUUAGUGUUUUUUUUCUCACCUGAUGAGCAUCGUUCCCCAUGGUAGUGUUUCACAGGAGUGUCCACUGCUAUGGCUGUCUCAGCAUGUGUAAUAUAAUAGUCCCAUUGUAUCUGAAGGAAAGUGAAUGGCAUUGAGUGUUGUUAAGAGAUUAGAUUUCAUGAUUCCGUCAGUGCACAGUCAGGGUUUGUGCAGGUUAGACAAUGAAUAAAUAGCAAUGACUCAGCUUGUAUGUUACACUUAAAUAUGGCAAAUGAAUGUGUCCUGUCCUGGAGAUUCAGAGUUUGAAGAUUUUUAUUAUGAAAUUAUGAAAAUCUUCAAACUCUGAAUCUCCAGGACAGGACAUAUUCACUCACCGUAUUUAACCUCUAAUUAACAGUUUUUCUACUAUGCAUUUAAGACAUAUACUAUAGGGAAUCUUUCCUUAUGUAAAAUAAGGUAUGUAGCCUUUUAUUUUCUUUCACCAGAAACUCAAAUAAAGACAUCUAAAUCCUGAAAUGUUA